UGGUUUUUAGUGAUAAAUAGUUGUGAUAAAUCGACAUUUACAAUGUAGCAUACUAUGAAAUGAAUCACAGCGGUCGUAGAAAUGCACCAAGGAGCUGCAGAAUGGGAGCUUUAUCGUCCGCCAAAAUCCACAGGUGGGACCUCAAUGUGUAUCUUCACCCAGUAUACUGAUACAACUCAGCGUGAGGAUUGGUCUCUGUGCCAUGAUUGAAACAAACAACUCUAAAAGAUGUCUGCAUCGCCGCCUCCGGUGGCCCCUAGAAAGCAUUUCCGAGUCGGGUUAAUUCCAGGGGAGCAGCUUUCUCCUGGUGGCCCGAAAAGCAACACAAACAUCUACAAAGAGAAAUGUGCCACUGGGGAUUCCAACUAUACGUCCCUACUGAAUGCAGAGAGUGAAUUGGAGUCUAUGAACCACUGCUUUGACGAUGUGGAGCGCUUCAUGGCUCGCCUGCAGCAGGCCGCUGAGGCCCAGAGUGUUCUCAACCAAAGGAGCAAAAAGAGAGGCAAGAAGAGCAAGAAGAAGGACCAAGACGAAGGUUUGUUGGCCCUGAAAGCUUCCCCUCCAUCAGAGAAUGACUUUGUGGACCUCUUUCAGAAAAUCAAGUAUUCCCUCAGCCUGCUGGACCGUCUCAAGUCAGCCAUCGCAGAGCCUGAUGCACCAGAGCUGCUUCAUCACAUCUUUGUGCCUCUCGGACUGAUGGUAAAAACGACGGGGGGGCCGGCGCUAGCGGCGUCAGUGGCCAGUCCUGCUAUGACCAUCGGCGCUGUGUCACUGCUCCAAAAUCAUCUGAUCGAAGAGGAAAAGGAGCUGUGGACGUCAUUGGGGCCCUACUGGACUUCAUCUGGUUUACACCUCAAGGUGUCCGUGCCUCCAUACCUACCUGUCUUCAUGGACGGGUGGAAGCCUCAGGCCUGUGACCCGACUGGCCAGCCUUUCGAAGACCCCGUCGAGUCACAGCACAAACAAGAUGCUUUCGAGGAAAGCAGGGAGGCCAGACUGAAACAGGAUCAAGUUCGACAGACAGCGCAGCCUCCUGGUGAAGAAAGGGGGGAAGUAGGAGAAAGGGAGCUCCCCCCAGAGGGGGACAGACUUUACUGCUGCACUUACGACUUUGUGGCUAGAAACAGCAGUGAACUAUCUGUGCUACAAGGAGAAACCCUAGAGCUCAUUAGUUCGUCAAAGAAAUGGUGGAAGUGUCGAAAUCGCUUUGACCAGAUAGGAUUUGUCCCCUCGAACAUCCUGGAGCCUCAGUCCGCUCCGAAUGGCCGGGGGAGAACCAGCCCAGUGGUGCGCAGGGAGUCAAAGAUGCCCAUUUCCCCUCCGACAAAGUACUUGUCAUAUGCUGGAUCGAGCCCAGUUAGGACCAGUCCUGAAGCCACGCGCCCACUGCGGCCACAGAGCAUGGUUUCACCAUCAACGCGGGAAGAAGACAACGGUCGAGUGAAUGACGAGCUUCUUCGGCGGAUAGUUGUGAGAAGAGACUCCUUACGUCCGCCGGUGCUCCCCACCUCAGCCGACAUCACCCCCCUGAACUACCACUCGCCCUCCGCCGAUGUGGAGGCCUGGCUGCACACCAAGGGCUUCACUCAACAGACGGUCCAGAGACUGUCCGUCCUAAAUGGAGCACAGCUCUUCGCCCUGCAAAAGGAGGAGCUCCGCGCGGUGGCUCCAGAGGAAGGAGCAAGAGUCUACAGCCAGAUUAUGGUGCAGAAGGCGCUUCUCGAGGACGUGCACAAAGCUACUGAACUGAAGACGGCGAUGGAGAAGCAAAAACUGAAGAUUGGCCUGAUAUCAGAAUAAAAAAGUGUGAAGUAAUACAGAUCAAUGGAGAGAACAGUCGCGUAGCAUGUAGAGCUGUUCGCUCACUGAUGUUCCAGAUUGAUUUUAAUAUUUGAUCCUACGUGCAGUUAUACGUAGGUGCUCCUUUUUCUUAUUCUUACCAGUUGGUAAGAUCCUUUUCCUUAUAACAUCUAACAUUUUGUUCACAAUUUAGGCACAAUUCAAUACAGCGUUUUACUAAGCUAAACCUAAUACAGUGACACCAAUGAGUCCAUUCCUACGUUUACAUUUGACUGAAACUGCUUUUUGAGCUACAACAAAAAUACAUUUGGUCAAGAAAGAUGCUUAAAUGUCUUUAAUUGCCCGCAAAUCUCAGUUAAGACAAUAUUCCUUGUUGCACACGGAUGCUGUUGUGGGCCAGAAACACAUUGAACUGAUACAAAUUCAGUUCCCCUCUUUGUGUGAUGCUUCUGAUUCUUUGUGACUGAAGCUGAUGAGUUAUGACAAAAUGUACACCGCUGUCAUUUUA